UGGAAGUUGACACCUUUACCAAAUACCGUGCCAAAAACUGCAAAAGACCAAACGUUCAAACUUCAAAGUCCCAAAAACCAGCAGAAGCAGCACAGAAGGAACCAAGAAAAUUCAUCAUUUCUUUUUCGCAGCCAAAGCAGAAAAAGCAUAAAAUCCUUUGCUUCCAUUAACAGGUGAGAGCAGACGAAUCAACUUUCUCCAACUGACACGCGUUUUGAUUCUUAAGUACGUAUAUAUAUGUUGAUGCAGAUGUUGAGAGCCACCACCAAGCUUUUGCCAUAUCUUUCUUCUACAGACAAAGGUUCUUCUGCGUCUUCUGUUGUUGCCUAUCAUCAUUCUUUAACAAAGAGGCCUUGCUUUGGAACUCUUUCACCUUCUUCACCAUCCUUGCCUGGCUUUCACAAAGAUUCAAAAGAUAAAGUUCCACACUUGAUUCAAGCCGUGCAGGUUUCAACGAAUUCAUCCUCCGUUACACAACAAGCCGUGCUUGAAAAUGAAGUCGAACAGGUUGAGUUGCUCGCUGCAGUUGAGGAUUUAUAUGGAGGAGUUGCUGUGGACGUGACCAAACCUAUGGAUUCUGUAGUUUUUGCUUCUUUGCUUCAAGCUUCCAUAUUGCAAUGGAGGCAAAAGGUUUGUAUUCGUUGCUUUUGUUGUAUGCCUAUUUGAUUGAACGAUCUAGGGUUUAGAGAGAGAAGAGAUAUUGAUUUAAUUGAGAUGUGUGUUUGAU